AUGUAUGAGAUUACUGCAAAACUUAUUCAAUCGUGUGGCAAAAUAAUUUUGCAGACUUUUUUGAUACUUGACAAACGUUCCGGAAAGUGGGCAACAACAUUUGCUUUAAUACUUGGCUUGUUGAAAGAAACUCUUCUUAAGUGCACGUAUGGUAAUUGUCAGAAGAUUUUAUCAAAUAAUAUUAACUUCAUGUUUCACUUAUGGUCACAUGUUGCUCAACACUUGUCUAACGGUGGUGAAUUUCAAGCAGAUAUCAGACAUUUAUGUACAUGUCCACACUGUUUGCAUAUUUCCCCAAAUCCAUAUCGACUUUAUAAGCAUUAUUAUAAUAUUCACCGAGAUGGUGAUAGUAAAAAUGUUUGUCCGAUUUGUGAAAUUACUGUGUCCGUCAAACAUUCUGUGAUUCAUGGUUCAUAUGAUGCACCUUACCACUGCAGAAGGUGUAAAUUUCGAACAUCAUGUCGUUCUCUUUUCAUUGACCAUUUUACAAAGUUUCAUUUCAAUACUCGUGACUUGCUUUGUCCGUUUUGUUUAAUAACUUACAAAGUGGUUGGGGAGGCGUCUUCUAUUGUGCGAAAACCUGGAUAUGUGUCACAUUUUAAAGCUCAUCUAAAACAAACUCGCUUCGAAUGUAAACGAUGUGCUUUAAAAUUUUUGACCUUAUCGCAGAAGAAAGCGCAUCAAAGGGAUCAUUUGAAAUUGAAUCCAAAGUGGAUCUCUAGAAAUUUCUGUUUACAACAGCGAAGAAGGUUUGAAGAACUAUGGGUCCCCAGUUCUCAUUCAAAAUGUAUAGAAUGUGGUGAAGAUCCAGGAUUAGUAAAGGAGCAUUUCAAAUAUGAAUACUGUUGUGGAAAAUGUUCGUAUAAAACUAACUGUUAUCAGGCAAUGGGAAAUCACAAGUUCAUUGAUUGUUGUCGUAAAAGAGUUGGAAUGCUGAGGAAGCAUCUUUUGCAAAAUCUCGUUAUUUGCUCGAAAUGCGGUAGACAGUCGUGCGAUCCGGAAAUUCUUGAGCAUAUUUAUGUUUGUGGCAAUGGGAUAGCCCUUAAUGGAGAUGAAGUAUUGGCGUCACUCGAAGCUGAGCAAGAAGUUGAAAAUAAGUUAUUUUCUACGCGGUUUGAACCACUGAAUGAUUUUUCAAAAGAUAGAACUGAUGAUAUGUAUGAUGAAUUUUUGAAACGUGUGAAUGCGGCGGCUGAUCCUGAUUGUUUACACAAUGCAAAAAUUAGUUUUAUGUUAAGGAUUCAAAUUACUGGUGUAUCAUAG